CCCUAGAGGCAGGAGGGUGGAGGAAACCUCUUGACUCCCUUUCUUGCUAGCAGCAGCAGGCCAGGCCCUCUCGGCUUGGCAGCCAGCCGCAGCCUUCCCCCAAGUCCCCAGGGGGCUGCCUGGGUCCGCCCACUGGUGGGGAGGCGGGCCGCCCCCCCCCCACAGCCGCGUCCCGUCCUGCUGCUUGAAAUAGGGGGAGGGGCGACAGAGAGCAGGCUGCGGGAGCCGGAGAGCGAGCGCGGAGCCCGAAGGGGAAGGCGGACGCAGCAGCAGCAGGAGGGCAGGGGCGGCUCACCGCUGCUCCAGGCAAGCAAGCUCCGGGACUCUCCGCUGAGCGGGAGUCUCCAGAGCAACAACUUUGAGAGGCUUUUACAGUGUUGCUUUUCUUCCUUGCUGCUAAGGAUUCCCCAAAGGUUUUGACUUUUUCCAGGCUGAAGUCCUUGACAGAUGUCUAAGCAUGACUAUGCUGCACCAAAAUCUGCAAAAAUUCUCUGCUGCAAGGAAACCAGAGUGAUGUCACCUGAGGAUGAUACUGGGGGAGAAGCACCCAGUGGCAGUUUUUGGGAGCCUGGCAACUACAAGCGGACAGUGAAGAGGGUGGAUGAUGGAAGCCGUCUGUGCAACGACCUUGUCGCCUGCUUCCAGGAGAGAGCCAAAAUUGAAAAGAACUAUGCUCAGCAGCUAACAGACUGGUCUCGUAAAUGGAGGACUGCAGUGGAGAAGGGCCCUCAAUAUGGCACACUGGAAAAAGCCUGGCAUGCAUUCCUGACUGCUGCAGACAGACUGAGUGAGAUCCACCUAGAAGUACGGAACCGCCUAGCUGGUGAAGACUCUGACAAGGUUAAGACCUGGCAGAAGGAAGCCUACCACAAGCAGAUGAUUGGUGGUUUCAAGGAGACAAAGGAAGUAGAGGAUGGAUUCCGCAAGGCCCAGAAGCCCUGGGUGAAAAAGCUGAAGGAUGUGGAAACCUCAAAAAAGAACUAUCACACUGCUCGGAAAGAAGAGAAGACUGCACAGACACGAGAGAAUCAUGCCAAAGCAGAUUCUUCUGUCUCACAGGAGCAGCUACGAAAAUUGCAGGAGCGUGUGGAGAAAUGUGCGCAAGAAGCAGAGAAGGGCAAAGAUCAGUAUGAGAAGAUGCUAGAGGAGCUGAACCGCUACAACCCUCGCUACAUGGAGGACAUGGAGCAGGUCUUUGAGGGCUGCCAAGAGGCAGAAUGCAAACGACUGUGCUUCUUCAAAGAGAUGUUCUUGGAUAUGCACAAUCAUCUCAACUUGUCUACCAAUGACAGCUUCCAUGCACUUUAUCGGGACUUGUAUCAGGGAAUAAUGGCUGCAGAUGAUCAAGAGGAUCUGAAAUGGUGGCGCAAUACCCAUGGGCCAGGCAUGGCUAUGAACUGGCCUCAGUUUGAGGAAUGGUCCCUGGAGACGCAACGGCCCAUCAGCAGGAAGGAGAAAAGUGGUAAAAGUGCUGAAGAUGUGACCCUGACCAGCAUUGUGCCCGCUGGGGAUGGUGUCAAACAGACCCCUCCACAGACAAAGCAAAGGUUUUCAUACCAAGAAGAGCAAAACAGCCACUUCUAUGACACCCUGAGAUCCUCUGCCUGUAUGAAUGGAGGCAAGGAAGAAAUCUCAGAGUGGUCGGAUGAAGACACUCCCAAGAAGUGCCUGGAAGUCAAUGGGCAUGAGGAGGACAUAAAGGUACCAGGCGUGCGGGUGCGAGCACUGUAUGAUUACGCAGGACAAGAGGCUGAUGAGCUGAGCUUUAAAGCAGGUGAAGAGCUCAUGAAGAUCAGUGAAGAGGAUGAACAGGGCUGGUGCAAAGGCCGGCUUCAAACUGGUCAAGUUGGACUGUAUCCUGCUAACUAUGUUGAGAAGGUCAUUUUGUGAUUGCUUCUCUUCCCCCCUCUUGUCACCUUAAGGUGUGUGUCUUGCGUGCAAUUUCUCCAGAGAUCACCAAAUCACUGGGCCCCAAUUUGCAUUGAAAACAAUGUGCAGCAGUCUGGACCGUUUUGAGGACACUCUUCUUAUAACCAAUGCAUCAUUUUAACCUUCUAGAAAUAUGGUGGUUUUUCUAAUAAAGACAUAUAAAUUCU